AACCGGUCAUGAACGGGUUGCAGCAGAGGCGGCCCGCCCCCUUCUGCACAAUGCCCUCCAAGUUCGUUUGCAAACCUUCUUCACGCUACUACGACUCAAACUCCGGUGUCCUCCGGCCUUUUCCAUUCCUGCUUUUCCUCGAUACAAAUAAUGCCAAUGUAUCAUCAGUGGUUGUUGAUGACGGCACUUUCCAUCACACUUGGUUCUCGGGCGCAGCAGGAUUCCGAUCCCCAAGAUGUCAGAGACGACAAAGUUGUACCUUCUGGUUCUGCAUUCGAAUGUUGAUGCCACCGAGGAUACAGUCAACCGAGGAUUAGCAUCUGUAUUCCGCGCAGCCUCAGUAGCUGACCAUGAUUUGUGGAAAGCGGAUCUGAACUAUCCGCAAUCCAAUAAUAGUCACUGCUCUAUACAAAUUGUCUUGGAACGCAAGAGCCCCCUCGGCCCCGACCAAAGUGUCGAAGAUGAUAUCCAACGGCUAUGCAACAGUCUCUUCAGCUCAGGCGAUGCUCUGUCUUUACUAAGACUGCGGGAGAAGCACAAUGUCCAGUUCAUACCCAACCUUCCUCCAGGAAAAUCAAUAGAGGGCGUUGAGGGAAACAAUUUUCAGAUCUUUCUCCGUCAGUUCUUAACUCACAAGGCAGAGAACUCUGCAAAGGUGUUGCCGACAGACCUUCAAUGCCAGAACCUGCAGACAGAGAAUCGCGAUGAGUGGACUUAUGGAUUGUAA